GGCUAUCAUCGCUUAGAAUUCCUGUUCCAGGCCCUACAACCAGGAGAAGAGAGAAGACUAAGGGCCGAAGCUAGGGCCCGUAGUCUUGAGGCUGCAAGGGAAGCAGCAGCAGCUAGCGCGGUAGCAAUGGCUACCGCUUCAGCAUCGUCUACAUCAACCUCUGGUCAGGGCAUGCCGUCCGACUCGACCAGCUCGCAGUCAGUCUCCAACACAUCAGGUGUCGACGCUAGUCAGAUGGCGGGUGUGCAGUCCAGCCUGCCGCCUCAUCUUCUAAGGGAGCAGAUGGAGCUUCAGCAGGUCGAGAGAAUCCGCCUGAGGUUAGAGGAGGAACUCAAACAAGCUACUAAGAAAGAAAAAGAAAUUAGUGAGAGAAGAGCCAGACGAGAGAGUAGGGAGGCAGACCUAGACACGACCCUUAACUCUAUAGGAAAGAUUUUGAAGGCGAGCCUCCUGUCCAUGCAGGCGUACAUGGAGAGCAAAAUGGACGCCCUGCAGGACACCCUGGAUCAGAUCCUGCAGGCCCUACAAAGGCCGGGGACCCGAACAGCAGCUAAGCCAUCGCUUUCAUUAUCAGUGAUAACAGGCCCCUAUGCUGCUCAGUCUGGACAGCAACCAAGCGGUACAUCAGCAGCAGCUCUAUCACAGACUGUUGCUUCUUCAUCUUCUGGUCUGGCGACUGGAGCUACACCACAGUCGCCACCUGUCUCGCUAGCGGGACAGCAAUUGCCUUGGUACCCCAAGACCCCUCUGAAACCACCUCCAACCUUCUCAGGAGACAAGAAGGAUGAGGCUCUCGACACGUGGUUGAGAACGACGCCAGUGUGGGUGAGGGCAAAGAGGACGUUGGUAGAGGAGGAGGUGAUUACUGCUGCAUCCUACUUAGAGGGUUCAGCAGCUCGCUGGUUAAAUGGAUUGGUUGCUUCAAAGGGGUUCGGAAGGAACAUGGGUGAUUGGGCGCAGACCCACACCCUAGAAAGCUUUAUGGAUUUAGUGGAGGCUCGAUGGCACAACCCUCAGCAGGUGCUCCUGAAACUUGACUCUAGGAAGUACACGUCAGUGCGAGAGCUCACCACGACCGUAGAGCGUCUCAUUGUCGUCCCAGGAGUGGAGUACAAUCCACAGGUCUUGUUGACCAUGUUCUUGAGAUGUCUCCCCACAGACAUUGAGAACUUAUUAGCCAACGAGGCUCGACUAGACUAUCACACUUUUGAGACAUUCAGUAAGAAGGCCUUAGACUUAGAGGCUAUGUUGGGUGGUGCUCAAACCCCCUCUACGGAUGGAAGAACGAAGAUCCCUCCUAAGGGUGGGUUUCCUUCUUCUCAGUCUGGGGCCUCUACGAGCUCCAGCUCAGGAAACACUUAAGCAGACUGUCGAACACAUCAAGAAAUCUCAGGAAGCUAUGAUUGCUUCUAACAACAAACGUCGCCGACAGUC